UGAAUAGAAGUCCGUCUGUAAAGUCCGUAAAUGGUAAACUAAUUGACAAUGACCUGCAAUAUACAAAACGAAUUACAAACGAUACAAUCAAACUUCAAUGUUAACAAUAUCAGUGAGCAUUUAACGCCGCAUUAUGAACUGGACGAUCGGUUCAGAUGUGAAAAUGAACGAUUGAAGACAUUUGAAAAUUGGCCUCUUCAAUGGCUGGAUAAACAUAAAUUAGCUGCAAGUGGGAUGUUUUUUACAGGCAAAAAGGAUCUAACUAAAUGUUACUUUUGUGAAAUUAUCAUUGGUAAAUGGGAGUUGCAGGAUGAUCCGGUGCAGGAACAUUUACGUUGGUCACCCAACUGUCCACUAUUAAAACGCUGCGCAACCAAUAAUGUACCCAUAAAUGAAGUUAUUCUAGACCAAUUGUUGCCUGCAGAAAAGAACGGUUCCUACGAUAUGCCACCCAUUCGAGCAGGGCGGAAACCCCCAGUGGCCGAUUACUCUAUAAAAGCGGUACGUUUAGCAACAUUCGCUGAAUGGCCGCGAAGUAUAAAACAAAGGCCUGAAGAACUAGCCGAAGCUGGUUUCUAUUAUAAGGGUGUAGGUGAUAGUGUUUUAUGUUUCGAAUGUUUGAGUGGUCUCAAAGAUUGGGAAUUAGACGAUGAUCCUUGGGAACAACAUGCCCUAUGGAUGGGGCACUAUUGCCCCUAUGUCAAACUAAUGAAAGGCGAAGAGUUUAUUAAAUAUGUAAAAGGGAAAUUUGAAAAUUCUACAUCUCACAAAUCGGAACCGGAAAUAAAGAACCAUUUGCUUGAAGGUAUAUCAACUGAAUUGAUUGAUGAUAAAUUGUGUAAAAUAUGUUUUGAUAAAGAAUGCAAUAUCGCCUAUGUACCUUGUGGUCAUGUUGUGGCCUGUGCUCAGUGUGCCUUCUCAUCGAAAGAAUGCCCCAUGUGUCGAGCGGCCAUUCAAAAUGUUGUACGUUUGUAUUUUUCCUAAAAGAAUUAAAUGAGAUUGUACAAAAACGAUAUUAAACGAAGAUUCGAGGAUGUUAUUAUAGUUAUUAUUUUUUAAUAAAAAAAAUUAAAAUAAAA